CAAGAAAGGGAAAUCACUAGUAUUUAAAGGUGGGUGAGGGGGGCUUGAGUUCUCCUGGAGUUGGUGGACUGGUGUGCCAAAUACUACUGCCUCUAAAGUGAUGGGUAGGCAACCUUGCUGUGACAAGCUUGGAGUGAAGAAAGGGCCAUGGACGGUUGAGGAGGACAAGAAGCUCGUCAAUUUCAUCCUCACCCACGGCCAAUGUUGUUGGCGUGCCGUGCCCAAGCUUGCCGGACUCCGCCGCUGUGGCAAGAGCUGCCGUCUCCGGUGGACUAACUACCUGCGCCCGGACUUGAAGCGUGGCCUACUUACUGAAGACGAGGAGCAACUUGUUAUUGAUCUUCAUGCCCGUCUUGGCAAUAGGUGGUCGAAAAUUGCAGCAAGAUUGCCGGGAAGAACCGACAACGAGAUCAAGAAUCAUUGGAACACCCACAUCAAGAAAAAGCUUAUUAAGAUGGGGAUUGAUCCACUUACGCAUGAGCCACUCAAUAAAGAAGCCACCCCACAACAUAAUCAAGAUGAUCGUCAUGAUCUCGAAGUCAAUCAUGAGGAGUCACAAAAACUAUGUAGCCAUGUCUCCUCCAGCGACAAUUCUAAUGCCCCAACUGAAAAUUCUUCGACCGACGAAUCUCGGUCAACGUCGGACCUCGGCGAUGAUGACCUGUUAAUGAAUUACAUAUGGUCGGAGACAAUAUUUCUCGAUGAUUCCUUCUGGAAUAUUUCCCCGGAAACUAGCGGAAGCUACAGUAAUUUUGGGUUGCCGUCAUCGGAGGAUAACUUCGAUCAAUGGUUAUUGGAUUACAAGAAGGACUUUGGCGAUGAAGAUUUUGGGCUGGGUUGUUUAAGCAACAUGGACAUGAACUCUGGCACGCACUAACAAGUACAAAAAAAAGCGCCGAGGAGUUCAUGAUCGAUGGACACUUUUUGGUCCCGAAAUUCCAAUAUUCUCCAAAUAAUUAAUCUGGUUUAGUUUUUUUAUUUUAUUUUUUAAAAAAAUAUUUAAUGACACUAAAACUUAUGCAAUUAGAAAGCCUAUAGAAAUUUUAGUUGGUCAGUCCCAUCAAGGGUAUAUAUGGGUUGGUAAGGGGUCAUGUCACUUUGGCAAAUAUUUAGGGUUUCUAAUUGCAUAGGGCAAAAGAGAUAUGCUACCAAAAGCAAUUUCUAUC